AGAAACCCUUCUCCUGCCGCUCUACAACAAACCAAUGUCUGCAACAAUUAGCCCGUACGGGAAAAGCGUUUUCCAUAUAACAAGAAAGCUUUAUUUUGCAGCAUAACAUCGUAUCUUGCAUUGGAGAGGAUGGUGGCUGGGUAGUUACAACUUUUUUGGAUUUUGAUUUUGACACGCGCACUGAUCCUGUCGGCAGUAGUGAUAGGUCCCUGAGAUGACGGAGGUGGAGCCUGUGUUGGACUUUGCAUCGUCAGGUCGCUCGGGGAGGAGGAACGCCCUCCCAGACAUCUUGGGCUCUCCAGCCGGGGUCAACCCCACCGACCUGCCCCUCAAACUGGCCGAGCUGGCUCUCACAGAUGGUCCAGGAGGGGCCCAGUCUCCCACCUCGGAGGAAGGUCAGGCCCCUGCAGAGAGCUCGGAGGGGACAGAGGGAUCGUAAGGGCCCUGGGCCUCACUUCACCGGAGGCCUGCAGAGAUACCUGGAGAGGAGGGAUGGAGGGAGCGAGAGAAGAGGAUCUGUGAAAGAGCCAUGGUCCGACCGGCUGGCUGUGUGCAAAACAGCUGAGCUUCUUAAGAGGGAUGAGGACCCCUAUAUCUCAACAGACACAGAGAUGUGGAAUUGUGUGUGUGUGUCAGUAAGUGUGUGUGCGUGGAACCGCUUACUCUACACACUCCUGUGUUGAGAAACGAAGAGACAUUUGCAGAACGUAUACUGUACCACUACAAUUUUUCUAUGACUUCACUUAUAAUUAGCAAUGAAGAUCUCAGUGCAAAUAUAAAAUGAAUUUGCUUGCAUUUCCUGCAGAUAUAUACAGUAUCUAUCUAUCUAGUAUCACUGAUUUUAUACACCUUGUAAUGGGAGGGAAGGUUUCCCACAGUGGCCUACUGGUUCUUGGCUUUCUGACGUGGAAAUUGUAACUUGUAAGUGUAUUUGUAUAAGGAAAAUGGACUGUGUUUUAAAAGAGGCAGGCUUCCUCUUAGACGUUGGUGUGUGACAGUCAUGUUUUUUAACUAGCUGGGACUUGGAUUUGAAGUGUGAAAUGGGCAUGUGGUAUAUUUUUUAAUUUGCAUUUUUUACACAGUGUUAGAAGUUUGAAUGCUAAUAACCAGAUCAGCUGAUGACCUUGGUGGAGAUUGGUUAGGAUAUUACCUGAGUUGUUCAUAAUACAAACCAGUUUUUGUCACAGUAGCCUGGCACUAAAGGUAAUGGGUAGGACAAAUCCUAAUGUCGAAACAUUCCUUAAAUGGCAUUUCACUGCCAACCACUUUCCACCACAUUAAAUAUGCUGAGAAAACUUAAGAUGAUAAUAAGCUCUGCUCGAGGCUCUUUCAAAGGCUGCCACUUUCCCAGACAUUUCCUCUGAAAAUGUGCCUAGUUGCAAUUGACAAAAGAUUGCAUUGCACUCUAUUUCUGAAAUACUGUUAUCCAGUAUCGGGCUAUUGACACUUCUUUGUAGUCUUUUGUAGGUAAGUCAUAAAACAUCCCAGCUGUUCAAACUGUAGAGGGGCUUAUCACUUUGUCCUCUCACGAUCCAGUGUGGCUUCUGAGAGCACACUGUAGGGCAUGUGCCGGCCUCGCCACCCACCCAGUCACAGCGAGCGGCCCACGGAGCUUAGCUACACACGUGCCACUCGGUUGGCAGCAUAUGCCUGACGACGACUGGGCGCCAGAGCAAGCAUGGCGUCACACCUCCACUAAACACCAAACUGUUUCACAGAGGGCCGACUGUGGAAGAAGAUGGCGGCAUGCCUCGCCUUCUGCCACUCAGCAGACUGCGAGGGGACCAGCCUGUUUGCACUCAUCAACACGUUUAAUGGAGUCUGUGACACAGCAUCCGAUAUGCAGGAUUGUCGGGAGGACUGUUAUGGUGUAAACACAGGCAGCCAUCACCAUAUAGAACCCAGAGAGACAGCCAUAGAUAACCCCUCAACUCAUUCCGGUUGUAUAUAUUGUCAUGCAGUUACACUAAACUCACCCACUUGCAUACAAGUCGAUGGGCAUAUUAUUAUUGUCUCUAUUUUAAUCUGUUUGGGCUGUAUGUAUAUUUGUAUGGUUUUGUCUAUUAAAUGCACAUAGGGUAGGCUUAUGUCCAUCAGGUUCUCUACUGGUCCUCUAUUGUAAUAAAAUGUUCUCGAUGAUGACUAUGAAACUGUUCUUAUGAUAAUAUCUCAAGGUAAACUUAUUCAAAAAACUGUCCUUAAUCUCUCAGUGGUACGUGCAGUAUAUAUUUUACUCAGCCUAACUUGACAUUUUCAUUAUUUGGGUUUAACAGGAAAAUGGCAUAAUAAAUCCAUAAG